CUUCUGCUUGGAUAAGUAUGUGGUGUAGGAUGAGGAUGAAUUUUCAAAUCAUGAAUUUUUAUGUAUAUACAGUUGUUUCCAGGGUUUGGGUUUUUGUGUUGGGUCAAGGGUUUCUAGCAAUUUCAGAUAGUGACAUUUGAAUCUUAUAAUCUGUUUUUUUUUUUUUUUUGCCCCUUUUGGUUAACAAUGAAAUUUCGUUGGUGGGAUAUGAUUUUUUUCAACAAUAUUUGGAAACCCCUCAUUUUCUUUACCAUUCCCUUCAUUUUCUCGCUUUGGAUUGGUUUGCUUUUUGUGAAAUUUGUCUGUUCUUACAUGGAAAAUUCAAUAUAUAGCACUAGCAGUUUAGUUUAGCUCUCAAGUGCUUAUUUUUAUUUAUCUGUUGUUUUUUAGGCUUGGAUUUUCUGUCUAGUUGUCAAAACCCUCCUUUUCUUUACCAUUCCUAUCAUUUUCUUGCUUUGGAUUGAUUUGCUUUCUGUGGAAUUUGUUUGUUUUUUACAUGGAAAAUUCAAAUCAUAGCACUAGCUGUUUAGUUUAAGUCUCAAGUGCUUAAUUUAUUUAUUGUUUUUUUUGUUAUAAAUUGUUGGUUUUUCAGUCUAGUUGUCAAGUGAGUAAAGAAGGUUUGUUGUCUAAAAAGCAGAGAUGGUUGAGAAACAGCAGAAAAAAUUUCUUACUGUAGCACCCUUUGAGUGUGCUUGGCGCAAUGAUUUGAGGUUUAGGGAAGCCGGAAGAGGUUGUGUGGCUUUUGAGGCUUUUGCUCACAACGACGUCACUGUCGUGUUUAGAGAGCAUGUAGGUAGUCAACAUUACCAUUACAAGAGGGAUAAUAGUCCCCACUAUACUGUGAUUCUUGGUAGUCACAGGAAUCGCCGGUUGAAAAUUGAGGUUGAUGGGAAGACAGUGGUUGAUGCGGCUGGGAUUGGGCUGUGUUGUUCUUCGGCGUUCCAGAGCUAUUGGAUCAGUAUCUAUGAUGGGUUGAUUAGCAUUGGCAAAGGAAGGUACCCUUUUCAGAAUCUUGUUUUUGAGUGGCUUGAUUCGAAUCCUAAUUGUAGCGUUCAGUACGUUGGGCUCAGUAGUUGGGACAAACAUGUUGGGUAUAGAAAUGUGAAUGUUUUGCCACUAACACAAAACCAUAUAUCAUUGUGGAAGCAUGUGAAUGGUGGUGAAUAUGAAGGAGAUGAGGAUGGUGUCGAAGAGAUGGAAAAUGAAAGUAGACAUCAUGAAAAUUGGGGGCUCCAGAACUUUCUUGAGAGUUGGGAGCUAUCCGAUAUAUUCUUCAUUGUGGGCGAGGAGGAAAAGACUGUCCCGGCUCAUAAGGUAAUCUUGGCGGCAUCUGGUAAUUUUGGUUCGAGUUUGUGCAAUCAAGAUGUCAUCCAGCUUCAGGAUGUAAGCUAUCCAGUUCUACGUGCAUUUCUGCAAUAUAUCUACACAGGCCAUACCAAGAUUUUAGAGUCACAACUCAACUCCCUGAGGGCUCUGAGCUUAAAAUAUGAAGUGAUGCCAUUGGUGAAGCAGUGUGAAGAAAUUACUGAACGUUUUAAACUGAACAAAAAAUUGUUUGACUCAGGCAAGAAUGUGGAGAUAUCAUAUCCAAGUUCUAAGAUCCAUUGUGGUACAACCUUUCCCUCAGGACUUCCCCUCAAUAUGCAGAGGCUUGAACAAUUUCUCAUAACUGGCGAGUACAGUGAUGUGGACAUCUAUAUUGGCGGUCAUGGUCUUGUUGCCCAGCCGCAUAAAAUUAUCCUUGGCUUAUGGAGUGUCCCCUUUUUAAAGAUGUUCACCAACGGAAUGAGUGAGAGCAUUUCAUCGAAGGCUCUUUUACAGGAUGUGCCACUGGAAGCAUUUAAGGCUAUGCUUGAAUUCAUGUACUAUGGAGAACUCAACAAGGAAGACACCAUGGAUAUUGAUACCUUGCUACUCCAGCUUCUUCUAUUGGCAGAUCAAUUUGGUGUUACUCUCCUUCAUCAGGAAUGCUGCAAAAAACUUUUGGAAUGCCUGUCAGAGGACGCAGUGUGCCCAAUUCUCCAAGUGAUUUCGUCUGUUCCACCAUGUAAACUUAUUGAAGAAACAUGCGCGAAGAAAUUUUCAAUGCACUUCGAUUAUUGUACAACUGCAAGCAUUGACUUCGUUUUGUUAGAUGAGGCAACAUUUAGCAAGAUUCUUAAGCAUCCAGAUUUGACAGUAACGUCUGAAGAAAGAGUUCUUAAUGCAAUCUUACUAUGGUGCAUGCAAGCAAAGGAAUUUUAUGUGUGGGACGUAGUGGAUGAGAUGAUAUUAAAUUCUGCGCCAGAACUUCUUUUUGGGGAGAGAUUUCAGUCUAUUAAUUACUUGUUACCCUUUGUGCGCUUCCCAUUACUUCCAUAUGCCUUGCUUAAGAAGUUGGAAAGGAGUGGCCUUAGUAGAAUGAUUCCUACUUUUGAUUUUUUGGUGAAAGAGGCCAUUUGUUAUUUAGAAUUUGGAUUGGCUAAUCCACAAGGUGACCGAAAUGCAAGAUUCCAACACAGGCGAUCUAGUUUUAAGGAGCUGCAAUACAUACGUGAUGGUGACAGCAACGGAGUUCUGUACUUCAUUGGCACAUCAUAUGGGGAACAUCAAUGGGUAAAUCCUGUUCUCGCAAAGAGAAUUUGUGUUAGUACUAGCAGUCCCAUUUCAAGACAUACUGACCCUAAGGUUUUGGUCUCAAGGACUUACCAGGGAACAUCCUUUGCCGGGCCUAGGAUUGAAGAUGGAAAGAAUUGCACGUGGUGGAUUAUUGAUAUUGGCCAAGACCACCAGCUUAUGUGCAACUAUUAUACCUUGAGGCAGGACGGGUCAAGGGCCUACAUAAGAAGUUGGAAUUUUCAGGGUUCUCUGGAUGGGAAGACUUGGACUAACUUGAGAGUGCACGAGAACGACCAGACAAUGUGCAAACCGGGUCAGUUUGCUUCGUGGCCAAUAAUAGGUCCCAAUGCUCUGCUUCCCUUCAGAUUCUUUAGGGUUAUAUUGACCGCUCCCACAACCGAUGAUACUAAUCCAUGGAACUUUUGCAUUUGCUUCUUGGAGCUCUAUGGUUACUUCCACUAAGUUGAUUGUGUAACGAAUGAUCAGACUUGUUGUUUGGUCCAUUGCAGCGUCAUUAUGUACAGUCUCUGCUUGUGAGAAAUAAAAGUGAUGGAUGGGCUCAAAACCUUUUGUUUGUAAAUUUUAUAAAACCUUGUGGUUGAUUGCAAUUUGCAUGUGUCAAGUUUCCUGUACUGCAGUACACAACUUAAAGAAAUCUUUUUAACACACAUCUAAAUUUUGAUA